AUGGUUGAAGACUCGAAAGUGAGGGACGCUGCAAGAGCAGGCGAUCAACAGGCGCUCCCUGCGUCUUUAGUGCCAGAAACACCUCCAGUGUUGACAUCUAGAGACAAAACUACGCAGCGGCUUAUCGUUGUGUUGUCUAUGGCAUCUCUCGAGACACACAAGAUCUCAUCCUCGGGUCCCGGUGGUGACAAGUAUGCACUCUUGAACUGUGAUGACCACCAAGGUCUUCUUAAGAAAAUGGGCAGAGACAUUAGCGAGGCAAGACCUGAUAUUACACACCAAUGCCUAUUGACUCUCCUAGAUUCACCUAUAAAUAAAGCUGGCAAAUUGCAAGUCUACAUUCAAACCAGUCGUGGUGUUCUUAUCGAAGUGAACCCUACAGUUCGUAUACCAAGAACUUUCAAGAGAUUCUCAGGUCUAAUGGUCCAAUUAUUACACAAGCUAUCGAUCAGGUCUGUCAACUCCGAGGAGAAAUUGCUUAAAGUGAUCAAGAACCCAAUUACAGACCAUUUGCCCACGAAAUGCCGUAAAGUGACUUUGUCAUUCGACGCACCAGUAAUUCGUGUACAAGAUUACAUUGAAAAAUUGGACAAAGAGGAAAGCAUAUGUGUGUUCGUAGGUGCCAUGGCAAGAGGUAAGGAUAAUUUUGCGGAUGAGUUUGUCGAUGAGAAAGUAGGAUUGUCAAACUAUCCAUUGUCCGCAUCUGUAGCAUGCUCGAAAUUCUGCCACGGUGCUGAAGACGCCUGGGGUAUUUUAUAG